UCUUUUUUAAGUCAGUUUUAAUUAAGUACCUUUAAGUAGAGUGUUAUUUUGAGUUGUGUGGUUUUGACUGUUGGUGUUGUUGCUGAUGGUAUAAUAUUGUGCCGCCGUUAAUAUUUAUUACUGUGUUACGAACAACAACGAAAACAACUACGACUACAACACUUUACAACGGUCAGGCCAAUACGCCGCCAGUACUGUGUUUUUAUUAUAACUCUAAAUGAGCCACAGAAAAAUGAAACAAAUUUAAAAAUAAUUAACACGAAAGCGAAAUAUAAAUAUAUUAAAUAUUAUAAACUAUUAUCUAACUAUUUCAUCUCAUACAAAAAAAGAAUGUUAUAAAAAUUAUAAAAUAAUGUUGUGAAAUAUCUAAGUUAAUAGUGUUAAGAAAAUCCUAUAAUAGCAAAUAGAAAAAAUAAAGUCAUAUAAAUAAAUAAGUACAUCUUACAUGAAUGUUACUAAAGUACUAUUUAUAUAAAAGUUACAUACAAAUUUAGAUAUAUAUCUGUGGAAAAACAUAUCUUCGUUUGACUGGAACCUUUUGAAGUGUAAUAAAAAAAACUAAAGAAAGACAUAUAGAAAGAAAUAUAAAACAACAAAGAUAACUAAAAACAAAUUAUUAUUUACACGUCGAUAAGCAAAGCUUAAAAACACAACAAUUUCAACAACUUCUAAGAAGUUUUUACUGACAGAGACUUAACUUAAAAAGGAUACAUUCAUCUACUCUUGAUCUUCUUAAAAUUAUUGGUGAUUUGUAAUCUCAAACACAUACCACAAAGAUGGCGGUGUUUGGUAUGGUUUCGGCCGUAUCCGGCUUUAUAAAAAUACGAUAUUUAUUGGACAAAGCGGUAAUAGAUAAUAUGGUAUUUCGUUGCCAUUAUAGAAUAACAACAGCUAUAUUAUUUGUUUGCUGCAUUAUAGUAACAGCCAACAAUUUAAUCGGUGAUCCCAUUUCGUGCAUUAAUGAUGGUUCAAUACCCAUGCAUGUUAUCAAUACAUUCUGCUGGAUUACAUACACUUUUACUAUACCGGGACAACAGCACAGGCAAAUUGGCACCGAUGUCGCCAGUCAUGGUUUGGGCAAUGAAUUUGGUCAGGAGAAACGAUAUCACAGUUAUUAUCAGUGGGUACCUUUUGUGCUAUUUUUCCAGGGUCUCAUGUUUUAUAUACCACAUUGGAUUUGGAAAAAUCUUGAGGAUGGGAAAAUGCGCAUGAUUACCGAUGGCUUACGUGGCAUGGUCACCAUACCCGAAGAUUAUCGCAAAGAUCGUCAACACCGCAUUAUUAAAUAUUUGAUUGAUAGUUUAAAUUCUCAUGCUGGUUAUUCGUUUGCCUAUUUCUUGUGUGAAGCUUUGAAUUUUGUCAAUGUUAUUAUCAAUAUUUUCUUGGUGGAUAAAUUCUUGGGUGGUGCUUUUAUGACCUACGGCACUGAUGUCAUUAAAUUCUCAAAUAUGGAUCAGGAGAAACGUUUCGAUCCCAUGAUUGAAAUAUUCCCUAGAUUGACGAAAUGUACCUUCCAUAAGUUUGGUCCCGGUGGUUCACCACAGAGACACGACACUUUGUGUGUGUUGGCUUUGAAUAUUUUGAAUGAGAAAAUCUAUAUAUUCUUGUGGUUCUGGUUUAUUAUUUUAUCUAUAAUUUCUGGUGUUGCUUUGAUUUACUCCUUUAUGGUGGUUACUAUGCCCACAACACGUGAAACAAUACUGAAGCGUUCCUAUCGUUCUGGCAGAAACAAGGAAAUUGCCAGUUUGGUCAGACGUUUGGAUAUUGGUGACUUUUUACUUUUACAUUUCUUGGGACAAAAUGUCAACACAAAAUCCUAUAAUGAAAUGAUACAAGAAUUAUGCAAUCUCUUGGGUAGCUCAAGGACACCUUCAGCACCAUCAACAUUAGAAAUGAAUCCCAUGAAUCCAAUAUAUCCACAAGUAGUAGAUACAUUUGGUAAAGAGGCAUUUGGCAAAGAAACCGAAACAUAAAUUAAUGUUGAAUAAUUUAUAACACACAAGCAUACACAACAACAAAUUAUUCUAAAGAAAACAACAACAAAAAAUACAAUGCAAUCUUUAAAGAAAAGACAUUAGAGAGUUGAAGAACGAUAGAAGCAACAA